UCCAGCCCUGGCAGGGAUCAGGUCUGGUAGCCAUGGCAGCGGGGUAUUUAUUACAGCCUGGCCACGCUCCACCCCACGCUGCAGGACUUUAGCCCUUAAUCGAGAAGAAAAGUAGCUCCAGACACCUUCCAACCCAACCAGCAGCACCAAGCACCAGGAAGGCCCCAAAACAAUGGCAAAAUUUCUGUCCCAGGAUCAAAUUAAUGAGUUCAAGGAAUGUUUCUCCCUCUACGACAAGAAACAAAAAGGGAAGAUCAAAGCCUCUGACCUGAUGGUAGUGAUGAGGUGCCUGGGAGCCAGCCCAACGCCAGGAGAGGUGCAGAGGCACCUGCACUUGCACAAGAUCGACAGGAAUGCAGAGUUGGAUUUCUCCACGUUCCUCAACAUCAUGUACAGGCAGAUGAAGCAGGAGGAGCCCGAGAGCGAGAUCCUCACGGCGUUGUCCAUGAUAGACAGGCAGAAGGAAGGUGUCAUCGCGGUUUCCGAGCUGAGAGCUAAACUCACCAGACUAGGAGAAAAGCUUUCUGAGGAAGAAGUUGAUGACCUGCUGAAAGAAGCCAAAGUGGGACCAAAGGGAACGAUCAAAUAUGAAGAGUUUGUCCGCAGCAUUUGUCUUCCUCCUGCUGACUACUAAGAUUCGACCCAAGAGAUUUGGUAGGAGCAGGACUUGAAACUUUGACUUGUUUUCCCUGCUUGCCACUCAUACUCAUGGAAAUCAUCGUUUGCCUUCAAAAAGCCUUAAUUUUGCCUUCCUACACCAUGGUUAUGCAGGUGCUCACCUCGCGUCUGGAGAACCGCUGCCACAGAACUUGAGCUCUCUGUUAAUUCAAUAAA